CUGUGCUGUAGAUGUUGAAGCUGAAUGGCUGGUGCUCAGCCUGGCGUCCACGCGCUUCAACUCAAGCCGGUGUGCGUUUCGGAGACCCUGAAGCGAGGCAGUAGAUUUAUGAAAUGGGAUGAGGAUUCUUCUACUGUGACCCCAGUGACGUUACGUGUCGAUCCACAGGGCUACUUCUUGUACUGGACAGAUCAGAAUAAGGAAACCGACCUAUUGGAUAUCACCUACAUCAAGGAUGCAAGAACAGGGAAGUGCACCAAAACUCCAAAGGAAGCCAAGCUCAGAGAGCUGCUGGAUGUGGGGAAUCUUGUGGGGCGGAUCGAGAACCGGAUGUUGACGGUUGUGACGGGACCCGACAUGGUCAACAUCCAAUACCUGAACUUCAUGGCCUUCCAGGAGGACGUCACCAAGGAGUGGGCAGAAGAGCUAUUUAGUCUGGCGUCCAACCUACUCGCUCAAAACAUGGGCAGAGAAACGUGUCUGGAAAAAGUUUACACGAGACUCAAGCUGCAGCCCAAUCAAGAGGGGCGAAUCCCUGUGAAAAACAUAUUCCGUAUGUUUUCGGCUGACCGUAAGCGUGUGGAGACGGCGCUGGAGAGCUGUAAUCUUCCAUCUGGCCGGAAUGACUCAAUCCCGCUGGAGGAUUUAACUCAUGAAGUUUACAAAUCAUUCAUCAAUAACCUCUGCCCACGAUCUGAGAUCAACCAAAUCUUCGCCGAUCUUGGUGCGAAGAGCAGAAACUAUCUCACCAUGGAUCAAAUGACCGACUUUAUAAACAACAAACAGCGAGACCCUCGACUCAAUGAGAUCUUGUACCCUCCACUGAAGCCCGACCAAACCCAACUGCUCAUGGAUAAAUUUGAGCCCAACCCAGGAAUGAUCCAGAAAGGGCAGAUCUCCGUGGAGGCUUUCGGCAGGUACCUGAUAAGUGAAGAAAACAGUGUGAUUCCUCCAGAGAAACUGGACCAGAGUGAAGACAUGACCUUCCCCCUGUCUCAUUACUUCAUCAACUCCUCGCACAACACAUACCUCACAGCGGGUCAGCUCGCAGGUAGCUCCUCUGUUGAGAUGUAUCGACAGACACUGUUGUCUGGCUGUCGCUGUGUGGAGCUCGACUGCUGGAAGGGUCGUACAGCAGAGGAGGAACCCGUCAUCACUCACGGCUUCACCAUGACUUCUGAGAUCUCCUUCAAGGAAGUGAUUGAAGCCAUUGCGGAGUGCGCUUUUAAAACAUCUCCUUUUCCCGUCAUCCUGUCCUUCGAGAAUCAUGUGGACUCUCCCAAACAACAAGCCAAGAUGGCAGAAUAUUGCAGAUCGAUAUUUGGGGAUGCGCUUUUAACGGAGCCGCUUGAGAAAUAUCCUCUGGAGUCUGGUGUUCCUCUGCCGAGUCCGCAAGAUCUCAUGGGAAAAAUACUCAUUAAAAACAAAAAGUCCCACCCCAAACCGUCAGACGGCAGUACGAAGAAAAAACUGUCUGAGCAAGCGUCCAACAGCGACUCGUCCAGCGUAUUUGAACCAUCCUCACCCAGUGCUGGACCUUCAGUGUCUGCAGAGGUUGAGGCUGAUGAAGACGAUGAUGAAGACGACGACGAUGAUGAUUGUAAGAAGUCCAUGGACGAGGAUACAACAGGAGCUGAAGCUUUUGCCACUGAAGAAAUGUCCACGCUAGUCAAUUACAUCCAACCUACCAAAUUUCACUCCUUUGAGGUUUCCAAAAAAACCAAACGCAGUUAUCAGAUGUCAUCGUUUGUGGAGACGAAAGCCCUGGAGCAGCUCACAAAGACACCCGUGGAGUUUGUCGAAUACAACAAGUUUCAGCUCAGCAGAAUUUAUCCUAAAGGAACCCGAGUCGAUUCCUCCAACUACAUGCCUCAAGUGUUCUGGAACGCCGGCUGUCAUCUCGUAGCACUCAAUUUCCAGACAAUUGAUCUGUCCAUGCAGUUAAACCUCGGCAUGUACGAGUACAACGGGAAAAGCGGCUACAGACUCAAACCUGAGUUCAUGAGACGACCGGACAAACACUUUGACCCCUUCACAGAAAGCACAGUGGAUGGAAUCGUAGCUAAUACUUUAUCAGUAAAGAUCAUAUCAGGACAGUUUCUGACAGAUAAGAAGGUGGGAGUUUAUGUGGAGAUUGACAUGUUUGGACUUCCAGUUGACACGAGACGAAAAGCUUUUAAGACAAAAACAUCCCAAGGCAACGCCAUCAACCCUGUGUGGGAUGAGGAACCCAUCGUCUUUAAAAAAGUUGUUCUGCCCACUCUUGCGUCCCUGAGAAUAGCUGUGUUUGAAGAGGGCGGGAAGUUUAUUGGUCAUCGGAUAAUUCCCGUGUCAGCCAUCCGACCAGGUUUCCGUUACAUUGGUUUGAGGAACGAGAAGAAUCAAGCGCUGACUCUUCCUGCUAUAUUUGUGUAUAUUGAGGUGAAGGACUAUGUACCUGAUACAUUUGCCGAUGUGAUUGAAGCGCUCUCCAACCCUAUCAGAUACGUGAACUUGAUGGAGCAGAGAUCCAAACAGCUCGCCGCUCUCACACUAGAGGAAGGAGAAGAAGAGAAAGACACCAACGAGGCAGAACAGGGUGUUGAAAACCCCUCAGAGGUGAAAAGUGAACCCACACCCGCGCCGGUAGAGAACGGACUGAGUCACGCGCCCAGCGCGACUCCUAAACCCACCUCGCAGGUCAGCACACAGCCACAGUCCACAGGCUCAGCAAAACCAGCCACAAAGACUGAAGAUCUUAUCCAGAGCGUCCUCACCGAGAUGGAAGCUCAAACGGUCGAGGAACUCAAGCAGCAGAAGAUGUUUGUACGAGAACAGAGGAGACACUAUAAAGAGAUGAAGGACCUAGUGAAGAAACAUCACAAGAAGACCACUGAAAUGAUCAAAGAGCACACGGCCAAAUACAACGAGUUCCAGCACGACCACCUCCGCAAACGAUCCGUCCUGCUGAAAUCUGCCAAACGAGACGGUAAGAGGAGGUGUUUGUCAUCCAGUCCAGAGCACGGCCCAUCGUUCUUCGAGCAGGAACUGGCAAAUUUGGAUCAAGAGAGCGGACAGAAACUGUCAGAACUCAAAGAGCAGCAGCAACAACAGCUGCUGAACCUGCGACAGGAACAAUAUUACAGCGAGAAAUAUCUGAAGAAAGAACACAUCAAACAGGUUAUAGAGAAGUUGACAGUCAUCGCGGAGGAAAACCAGAGCAACCAAAUGAAGAAACUCAAGGAACUGUGUGAAAAAGAAAAGAAAGAGCUGAAGAAGAAAAUGGACAAGAAGAGACAGGAGAAGAUCAGUGAGGCCAAAUCAAAAGAGAAACAUUUAACCGAAGAAGAGAAACUGGAGAUCAACAGGUCGUAUGUGCAUGAGGUGGUGCAACACAUUAAGAGGUUGGAAGACGCUCAGACAAAAAGACACGAGAAGCUUGUGGAAACACAUAAGAACAUUUUGCAACAGAUACUAGAUGAAAAGCCCAAGCUUCAGAAUGAUCUGGACCAGGAGUACCAGGACAAAUUCCGGCGACUUCCGCUGGAGAUCCAGGAGUUUGUGCAGGAAAGCACCAAGAGGAAGACUGAGGAUGGUGAUCAGGAAGUUCUGCCCUCGUCCGACACACUGGAGAAACUCACGCACAAGGGCGCGCAAUCUGAAGACGACACGGAAGAAGAGAAGAAAGACUGA